CCUUCUCUCCCUCUCAGUCCCUCUCUCUCUACUGAGACUGUUGGUACUCAGUGUCUGCCUCAUAAAGGUCAGGUUAGGUUACACACACCUGCAAGUGAUACCACCUCAUAGAUAUCUUGCUCCUCAUGAAUUAUUACAGAUCUUGCAAGUUGUAGUGAGCAUGUGUAUCGAGUCUGGCUGCUGGCAGGUAAAGCAGUCAGUAAGCAACAGAGUUAGGAUGGACAUCUCUGUUCUGCCCAACAACAACCACCCAGAGAAGUUCCUCCAGCUGGAUGUUGGGAUGUUGCCGGCCACAUAUGGCAUGUUCCAAGUCGGCACACUCAUGUCCAGCCAGCGACAAUGGCAGAACAGGGUCUACUCACAGCAAAGGGGAAAGACUGAAGUGAGAUCUCCACCGUCCCCAGAGGGCAGUCCUGUGAUGUUUGUAGACAGAUAUCUGGAGAAGCACAUCACUCCAGUCACUCUGAAGUCUAACAUUAAAAGGAACCCACUGUAUACAGACAUAAAAUCAAUGGAUGCUGUGAACAAUGAAAAGUCCAAGCCUUCGUGGACUGUCAAGGAGUAUGACACACAAACAAUCCAUGGCAACUUGGCAGAUUAUUUAAAGGAGGAAGAGAAGACUCCCAAAGAUCUGGAAUUUUGGACUGAAGAUCUCUACACACCAGGAUUUGACUCUUUACUGAAAAGGAAAGAAGCAGAACAUAAAAGAAAAAGACUUAAAAUUCUUUCCCUAGUAAUUCUGUCUGUUUGCUCUAUUCUGAUUCUUAUCAUUGUGCCAGUUGUGGUUCUACAAAAGAAAGAUUAACAAAUGAGGACACUGCUGUUGUAAAGUUCAUCUUAAAGAACCUACUUUCUUCUUAGGUGGUGACUGUACUCUUUAUUUUGAUAGAGAGUUGAUAACUGGCCAGAGACAACAACAUACAAGUAUAUUGGACAGUCACAUAGGACUACUGAAGAAAGAACAUUUAACACCACCAAUCUGCUCCAACAGCAGAAUUUAUUCACGACUUAGCUAAAUAAUCGCCCCAAUGUUAUUAUUAGGUGUCAUUAAUGUAAGUGUGAAUAGUACUGGGAAAUGAAGUGUGGCAGGUAAGUCAUUUAUCAGUGUGACAGCUGUGACUGAAACAAAAGAUGGUAAGUAAGGCACUGGUUAUGCCAGUAAGGUGAGCUUCAGGCCUACUGAAAAGGAGGCAGUACCAGAAUUAGCCAUUGUGCCAUCUGCGUUUGCCAAAUUGCAGGCUUUGUUGCAGAAUAUGAUGUAGAAAAUAACUCCGUCUAGUGGCACAUUGUUGAAUCUGUGACAAAUCUGACUAACAGAAAGAUAUGUGUCUUGUUUGACCUGAAGACAAAUAUGAAAAUAAAAUUA